GGUUUUGCACCGUCAGAUCUGAUUGAUACCGAUCUUUAUAUAAUUUCAACGGUUGAGAUUAAUGGGUUGACUUUACAUAGGGUAGAUCAGAAAGUGGAGAGCACCCCAAAGCUAAUAAACAUGAGCCCCGCUCAGGCGCUGCUUCCUCCUCUCUCUCUAUCAUCAUCAUCAUCACUUUCUCUAUCUAUCUCUCUUCUUAAAGCGGCCAUUGGUGCUCUCCAAGUUCCAUCUCAAGCUUUUCUUCUUGUUUUGUUGUUCUCUUAAUUGAAAAACAAGAUCUUGAACUAAAAAAUGGAAACUGAAGACGAUUUGUGCAACACCAAUUGGGGAAGCUCUUCUUCGAAAUCGCGAGAGCCGGGUUCAUCAGACUGUGGGAAUUCGACAUUCGCAGGUUUUACGUCCCAGCAGAAGUGGGAAGAUGCUUCAAUCUUGGAUUAUGAGAUGGGUGUGGAGCCUGGAUUGCAAGAGAGCAUUCAAGCAAAUGUUGAUUUCUUACAAGGUGUUAGGGCUCAAGCGUGGGAUCCAAGGACGAUGUUGAGUAACCUUUCUUUUAUGGAGCAGAAGAUUCACCAGCUGCAGGAUCUUGUUCAUCUUCUUGUUGGUCGUGGUGGGCAGCUUCAAGGUCGUCAAGACGAGCUCGCGGCUCAGCAGCAGCAGCUUAUAACGACGGAUCUUACUUCCAUUAUCAUACAGCUUAUUUCAACUGCAGGUAGUCUUCUUCCAUCUGUUAAGCAUAAUAUGUCAACAGCUCCGGGUCCAUUCACUGGGCAGCCCGGUUCAGCCGUGUUCCCUUAUGUAAGGGAGGCUAAUAACGUUGCUUCACAGAGUCAGAACAAUAACAACUGUGGUGCUCGAGAGUUCGAUUUGCCUAAGCCGGUUCUUGUUGAUGAGAGGGAAGGUCAUGUUGUGGAGGAACAUGAGAUGAAAGAUGAAGAUGAUGUGGAAGAAGGAGAGAACCUUCCUCCCGGUUCGUAUGAGAUAUUGCAGCUUGAGAAAGAAGAGAUUCUCGCACCGCAUACUCACUUCUGCACGAUAUGUGGCAAGGGUUUCAAGAGAGACGCGAAUUUGAGGAUGCAUAUGAGAGGGCAUGGAGAUGAGUACAAAACAGCAGCUGCUCUGGCGAAACCGAACAAAGAAUCCGUACCCGGGUCUGAGCCGAUGCUGAUCAAGAGGUACUCGUGCCCAUUCCUUGGUUGCAAACGUAACAAGGAGCACAAAAAGUUCCAGCCUUUGAAAACGAUUCUAUGCGUGAAGAAUCACUAUAAACGCACCCACUGCGAUAAAAGCUUCACUUGCAGCCGGUGCCAUACCAAGAAAUUCUCUGUCAUUGCAGAUCUUAAAACCCACGAGAAGCACUGCGGGAAAAACAAGUGGCUUUGUUCCUGUGGUACAACAUUUUCAAGGAAAGACAAGUUGUUUGGUCACAUAGCUCUGUUCCAGGGACACACGCCUGCAAUCCCUCUUGAAGAGACAAAACCAUCAGCCAGUACAUCUACUCAGAGAGGGAGCUCUGAAGGCGGGAACAACAACCAAGGAAUGGUUGGCUUCAAUCUUGGUUCUGCAUCAAAUGCUAACCAAGAAACCACACAGCCUGGAAUGACUGAUGGGAGGAUAUGUUUUGAGGAGUCGUUCUCACCAAUGAACUUUGAUACAUGUAAUUUUGGAGGGUUCCACGAGUUUCCGCGACUGAUGUUUGAUGAUUCAGAGAGUUCUUUUCAAAUGCUUAUUGCGAAUGCCUGUGGUUUCUCGCCCAGGAAUGUUGGUGAGUCUGUUUCAGAUACUAGUCUCUAAGGCAUUGCCAUAUAUAUGAUAAGUUAUGUAAGAUGUUCUAGUUUUUAGCCUUUUAAGCAGUUCUUUUGUGUCUGUAAUUUUGUUUUCGCCAUAAUAAUAAUAUCAGAAUAGCAGAAAGUUGGAUUCUU